CACAUGCUUGCGAUCAGCUGACCUCACGACGCUUCUCCUUUUGAUGUUCUGCUGACUGCUAUCCACCGUCGACGGACAGAAGCGACAAAUUCAAUAUAUCCCCACGGUUUUGUCGGCAUAAAAGUGAUAUUUUAGCCCCACACUUGCUGCUGGUGGAGCGGGAUUAUCGGCGGAUAGAUGCUGUUGGAGUGGAUGAUGAACGGACACGCUCUUCUGUAUACGGGGGUCACUGUGGCCUUCUGGAGUACCAUCCUAAUCGUCGGUAUCUGCUAUACAAUUUUUGACUUGGGAUUCAGAUUUGAUGUAGCAUGGUUCCUGACAGAGACUUCGCCUUACAUGUGGGCUAACCUGGGCAUUGGCCUGGCUAUAUCCCUGUCAGUGGUGGGUGCUGCCUGGGGCAUCUACAUCACAGGCUCCAGCAUCAUUGGUGGUGGUGUCAAGGCGCCUAGAAUCAAAACUAAGAAUUUAGUCAGCAUCAUCUUCUGUGAAGCUGUAGCAAUUUAUGGAAUUAUUAUGGCUAUUGUCAUCAGCAACAUGGCUGAGAUGUUCAGUGGAACAACCCCAGACACCAUUGGAGCUAAGAACUACCAAGCCGGAUACUCUAUGUUUGGUGCUGGCCUGACUGUUGGCUUCUCAAAUCUGUUCUGUGGAAUCUGUGUGGGCAUCGUGGGCAGUGGAGCUGCUCUGGCUGAUGCUCAGAACCCCAGUCUCUUUGUCAAAAUCCUCAUUGUGGAAAUCUUUGGCAGUGCUAUCGGCCUGUUUGGUGUGAUUGUAGCCAUUCUGCAGACAUCAAAAGUAAAGAUGGGAGACUAAAAAUGUCUGUAUCUUCAGAAGAAGAAUUUGCUGGAAAACAAGAUGGAUUAUUGUGUAAAUACAUCGUAAAUUAUUUAAGUGUCUCUAUUUGCCUGUUUUUAACUUGUCAUUCACAACAAAUGACCCGUGUAAGUCCUACUCCUCCUGCAUUUGAUUACCAUGAAUGUUUAAAGAGAGAAAACACUUGUAAUGGCUACUCGUACUAUAGACCAGCAGCAGUUUCUUCCACUAAAUUGUGAAUGAGAAGUUAAAAACAUGAGUAUUUGAACAUAUUGGUGUGUAUGUGUGUAUGUAUGAUGCACUUGUCUCUCAUUUUCUCUCCACUGAAGCAUGGGGUUGUCAAAAUGUGUUUACUUUAGCCUGGUCUGUCACGUAUUUUUCUUUUCUUUGUUUCUUAUAAGCCAGUGGUCCUUAAUCAACAAAGUGUCCCAGUUACAGUAUUUGCCUGACACAGCAGAACGAAGGUUAUUUAAUGUUAUUUUGAGAAAGGAAAAUUCAGAUCACAGCGGUACUUCUAAUCCAAAUGUGUCAUCUAUUUCUAUCAUCACUUACAUUCCUACUUCCAAGAUUUUAAGAUUUGCAUUCAAAACCCUUAAGCAUCUUCUAAAAAUAGCUGCUCAAACUGUGUUCAAUACAAAGUUAUACAGAUAAAAAUCAUGCAUUCUUACACAUAUCUGACCUGCUUGUGUCCAUGGAGAUGGAUAAGUUCAUUGCCAUACUGUGGAACAUUCUAGGCAAGCAAUGACGUCACUUUACAGGCAAGCAGGUGUCAAACAGGCUUCAAAUCUAACUUUAUUUUUGUCAAUACAUUGUCUUAUCUUUUCCAUACAUUCCUAAAUGUGUGAACGCACUGAAACUGUGUGGGUGAUGUGCAAUUCUACUCUUGUUUUACAUGAUUAAAAGCCAUUUUUGUGUGGUCUGUAGUUCUGAUGUGAACGGGUUCAAACGGGCACUUCAUGCAACUAUAUAAUUUAUUGUUCCAUAGUAUGAUCUCAGUGUCAUUUUGUCAUCACAUUUUGACAGACUAUGGUUGUGAAUGAAACUUUAUUUUUGUCAAUUCACUUAUUCUUGUAGUAGAUUUAUUGAAAGUGUGAAAAAAAGUUGAGUUAAUGACCUGGGCCUUAGAGAAGAUAUUUGAUGACCAUUGAUAAACCAGGCUGUAUCCAACCCUUGGCUUUCGGUGACUGUAGUUGGACCUGUGUGUAUGUUCAUGUUGAUGUGAUGGUGAUCUGACAAUAACCUUGUUUUUGACAUUGUGAAAAAUAACAAUCUCCCUGUACAUGUCUGUAAGAAAAUAAAAUAUUGAAAAAAAUA